AUGGUUAUUAGUCGAAAGCGGCGAUCUCUCCGGCAGUUCCAGAACAACUUCUUUGCUCACAAUGAUGCUGCGGGAAGAGCAGUAAGAAAUGAGACCAACGACACUCCACAAGACACUCGCCAGGAGCAGCAGCGCAAACACAUCAGUUUUGAGGCAGCACCUACUGGUCGUCUUGCCGUUUCUUCACUAUACUACACGGUUCCACACUCACCCGCCAAAUGCCGAUUUGGAGAGCCUGCAUCACAAGACGCACACGAUCUACCAACAGAUGAUUUUGAUUUUUCAUCGCUCAAUAAUGUUGAUGAGGAUAUUGGUUCUGGCAAGCGAAAGCACACUGCUGGGUUUAUUCGCUUAGAGGGUCGCAGUGACUUUGCACAAGCCGCAUGUUUCUGCGGGGAAGCAGGCCCAAUGUAUCGGUGCCAAGACUGUCAUGGUGCAGAGUUGGUGUGUCUCUCAUGCACUCUGCACAUACACGAGAGGCAACCACUUCACAGGAUAGAGUGUUGGAAUGGCACCUCAUUUCAGACCACCAUGUUGAAGGCCUUGGGAGUCCGCUUUCAGCUUGGGCAUCCCAUUGGUGUCCAAUGUGUCAAUCCGAUCCCUACAUUCAACGACGACUUUGUUAUUCUUGACUACAAUGGUGUUCAUGAAGUUGGACUUGAUUUCUGUGGAUCUGCCACCUUUCGAGUGCUAGAGUAUUUUCAAAUGCUGUCCUUUGAAUCUAAAGUAUCGGCAUGGGAGUUUUAUAAUACCGUUGCUCGCCUCACAGAUAACACAGGCACCCGUGUUCUAAAGGAUCGUUAUGCGAGUCUUCUUCGGAUGAUACGCGAAUGGCGCUUCGUGAUGCAAAUGAAGCGCUGCGGUCAGGGUCAUCAUCCUGGAGGCAUCCAAGCAACAGAGGCCAGUGCUUGUGCCAUCUUAUGCCCUGCCUGUCCCCAUCCAAGCAGGAAUCUACCUGUUGGGUGGGAAAAUUCGCCAUCGGAAUUCCAAUUUUUAUAUGCAAUUUUCCUGGCUAUUGAUGCAAACUUCCGACUAGUUCGGCGUAAUGUAUUGUCAGAUGCCGUUGAUCCUGGACUGAAUCAUGGGUACACAUUUUUUGUGGAGGAGACCGCGUACAAGGACUUCCUGGCUUCGCACUACAGGGUGGGGAAUCCCCAGGAGAAGAGCACAUGUUCUAGCCACUCUGCUGUGAACCUAGCAGAUACGAGGGCUUCGCGUGGACUUGUGGCAACAGGUGCAGGCACAGUUGAUUGUGCGCGGCACAAUUUCAAACGACCGUGUUCAGUUGGCGACUUACAAAAAGGAGAAAGGUACAUCAAUAUGGAUUAUCUAUUUUUUUCAAGCAUGCGCUCUUCACAAGACAUUCACAUCCUCAACAUAUCUUACGAUAUUGCCUGUCAGUGGAAUAAAAACCUUUGGUUGCGCAUGUCGACCACAAUCACAAGGUUGUCACCGCACAUCGCCAGUUGCCAAACCAAAUUCUCAUUUAACUUCAUCAAGGGUGUCGGGCGGACUGAUGGCGAAGCCCCAGAGCGCGGGUGGGCAGAUAUCAACCUCAUCGCUACAAGUACUCGCGAGAUGGGACCCGGAUCCAGGCGAGACACCUUAGAUGAUCACUUCAACGAUUGGAAUUGGAAGAAGGUUUGCAGCAUGGGCACAACUCUCCUCCGUAAAUAUAAGGCUGCAAUACCUGAGGUUGAAGAACGUGCCUCUGAUCUUAAGGAGUUUGAGGCGGCCCUUGAUCCAGAUCAAUUAGCUACAUGGCGGAAAGAGAUCGAGAUGUGGGAGUCAGACCGUUCCCUGACAAAUCCGUUCAAAGUCAAAGCGAGGACUACUGUGACCCAGGCCGCUGUGCGCCUGGCAUUAUCGAAGGCCGAGGCAGAAGAAAUUGAGCAUGGCGGACAUAUCUCCCUGGAUGAUGAUAUAUCACCAUCAGUCCUUAUAUCAUCAGGGAUGGAACUAGAAGAUCAGCAACGAUGUGUUGAGUUCGAAGCUCGCACCAUCGGACAGCAUGCAACCGAUGUGCAAAAACUCAAGAUUCUCCAGCACAUCAAUGCCCUCCGUCGUAGAAUCAGCACCUGGUCCCGAGUACAACUAUUGUACAUGCCCUACAUCUCCUGCCUGCGUUCGCCCAAUGAUAUUGCCUCUGAGGACAAGGCACAGGCAAAUGAUGCUCUGGAUGACCUCCGCACUUACAAGAACGCCUUUGUUCGAGGUCAGCGCACGAACACUCGUGCUCAGGGCAUUAUUCAUUCUGCUGAAAGUCGUAUCAAUACAAUAUCAGCUAAGUACACUGCUGCCCGAGACGCACUUAUUAUGCUUGCCUCAAAACUAGGCAAGAACGACGACUGGCAGCGGAUACUGAAGCCACUGGACAGGGCAAAAGACGCGGUCCCACUAAAUCAUGACGAAGGGAAGACAGUUGGCCAACAGAAUAUUUCGUGGAUAUGGAAAACACCCGGGGUAUCAAACAAUCAGGAGGAAGGGCUGCAGGAUUCAUUGUGUGUGGAAUGGUGCAAGGCACAGGCAUGGGCUUAUCGGUGGGAGGAGGAAGUACAACUUCUUUGUGAGGAAAUGUGCCAUGCUCAAUGGUGGGACACACAAGGCUCACGACGGCAAUUUUCAUCACCUGCAUUCACAGAGGGUGCAGUUGCAUAUGCACAUCGCCAGGCAAUGCUACGUCAGAGAAUGUCUGCAUGGUUCAGGUCAUUGUGGGAUGCUGUCCUGUCAUGGACUGCCGAGCCUCCUGUAGACUGA